CACCGAAGUAGAGAGAGAGAGAGAGAGAGAGAGAGAGAGAGAGAGAGAGAUUCCUACAACUUCUUUUUUGACAAUUCCACCGUGGUAAGUGUGUACUUUUUCAAGAUUUAUUCCCAAUGGCUCCACAAUUUCUCACCCCAAACAAAAACUACAUUACAGGCUACUUUUAAUAAAUUUUGUUAUCUACACAAAGCUAUUUGGCGAAUAUAAAUACACGUCGUCAACAACUUGCGCUCUAAAGAUUGCAAAAAUCCGUGUUCUCUUUGUCUCUCUACUCUACUAUUCUUAUUUCAUCUCUGCUUCUAUAUUUUUUUUAAUAAGUUUUUGCUCUUCCAAAACCUAAAAUAAUAUAUAGUAGUUUUUAAGUUUUCUGGCCAAAGAUAUGAGCGAUCCAAAGUAUGCAUAUCCUUACCCGGCACAUCCGCAAGGUCCACCACCGCAGUAUUAUCCGCAAGGUCCUCCGCCGCCGGUGGGAGUACCACCACAGUAUUAUCCUCCACCACCGCCCCCUCCACCACCAAAGCGAAAACCUGGUUUUCUUGAAGGACUAUUAGCGGCUCUGUGUUGUUGCUGCUUGGUGGAUGAAUGUUGCUGUGACCCGACCAUUAUAUGCAUUGAUUAAUUUUAAGAAUGUUUUAUAAAAAUCACUCUACUAUGUCUUUCUAAUUCAUUACGGACCUUGUGAUAUGGGGUUUAAUUAUGUAAUAAUUGUUGCAAUUCCUGUGACCUACUUUACUUUCUUUCUUCUUGUCUCUCUCUUUAGGCUUAGGCUUGUCUCUUAUCUACUAUAAUGUAUCACAAAUUUCUGCAGUUCAUGAAUAAAUUAGUAAAGACCAUACAAUUCAUAUAA